CCUGCAGGUUCGAAUCCAGCUCGGUGGAGUGUGGAACCUCUCACUUCACGGGGCUGAACCGCUUGCCAAGAUAAAAUAGCAACUUAUUAAAGAUCCCAAUCGGGUUCUGCCACCGCAAUUUAUAUCAGACGCUUCUUUUUUUUUUUCCUUUUCCGCGAAUAAACAGCGUGGUUUCAGAGGUUUAGACGCCGAUCAUCUCUAUGGUAACAGCCCUCAAUUACCGAUGAUUGGCCAACCCGUGGGAAUGUUUCUAUUCCCCGAGUGCAGUGAUUGGUCGGUGGGCGGUCGGCGCAGCCUGACAGUCUGCAGCGUUCCGGGUUAUUGUCAGUCUUGGCAGCUCGGCACAAGGGCAGGACCGCAUCCCGGAGCUGCGCGCGGCGGCUAGCUCUUCAUACGCGUUCAACCAUUUCUAAUUUGGUCCGUGCACCAAAGAGGGGACCUCGGAGCUUUGCUGUAGCGGCUCCCCCGCAGCCUCAGCCGGAAAUCUGAGUGUGAAACGGGAGGCGAGACAUCUCCGCGAGGCUGCCGACACCGCGGAGAAAGUGACGGCCGGAGCGGAUUCUGAUCACCGGGAUUUUUUUAUUAUUAUUUUUUUUUACAUCGCGUCGCUUCGGCGUAGGAUAUUUUCGGCAUCUGCUUUCAGGGUACCAUCGCAAAACAUUGCCCGAAGAUAAUAUUACAAACAUUUGCAUGAUUUAUUUCUCGCUCGGUCGUCCGUAGUGGCCACUUAAACCCAUGCGUAACAGCGGAGGAUUUUGGAAUACAGCGUAGCAGCUCAACCACCCGGUCUCUCGAUGAACACUUCUCGCCGUUUGGCGUCGUUUCAAGCGAACGGAAGAGCAACCAGGACCUAAUACUUUCCCCCGGAGGCCAAACAUUAAAGCCCCGACGCGCACUUGGUGCGCAAUCUUUCCGAGGACGCUCCUGAAAUUCGCCGACCUGCGCUUUUCCACUCGACAAAUAUUGGCAGCCGAGUCGGGAAAAACGCGCAGCUUAUUAACUUUGCAUGUUAAAAGCCAGAGCGUGGACGGGUUACCGGCAUAUUUGCAUACAAUCGGAAGAGGAGGAUAAACUUAACGUUUGGCAUCGACAAAGCGGCUGCUGGAUCUUGGACAACAGAAUGAAUCCCUUUUAAUUUGGACCACAGAGGUACGAGGCAGAUUGCUCAGUGAACGCUACAAUCUGCAUGGAGUUUUAGUCUGCACCACGGAGCAAUUUAUGGUUGGCCGCAGAACUCCCCCGGCUGUAGUACUGUGCCCGCCUCGCCAUGCUGGCCUGUUUGCAGAGGAGGCAAAACCCUCCAUCCCAGCACCCGGUGUGUGUCAGCAAGACCCUGGAGCCGCCGCAAGCCCUCGGGCGAAAAUGUGAGCUUGUGGUGCCCUCGCAUUCCCCACGUUACCCCACCGCGGCGGAACUUGAUGCCUACGCUCAGAAGACGGCCAACAGCCCUCUGUCCAUCAAGAUCUUCCCCACUAACAUCAGGGUUCCUCAGCAUAAGCACCUUAACCGGACUGUUAAUGGAUACGACACCACGGGGCAGCGCUACAGUCCCUACCCACACCUCCACACCGGCGGCUACCAGGGCCUGCUCGCCAUCGUCAAGGCCUCCUCAUCCUCAUCGUCCGCCUCCACCUUUGUCCCUUCAAAAGGUGUCCUCAAGAACUCCGAAGGCAGACGGACUAAGCUCUCUCCAGCCCACAUUGCGGUUGCCCCAUAUCCACCCCCUAGUAGUAGCACUUUAGCCAGUGGCCAUGGCCAAAUGGUUUACCACAACGGGCCCUCGAAGCCUCCAGAAGGCCCCGGCUUGUCGGUCCCCCCAAACGUCACUGUAGCUGGCUCAGUGAUCCCUGUAACAGGGGGCCGAGGCCUCGCCUUGCCCACGCAGUCGAACCUGCCCUCCAUCCAGAGCAUCAUCUACCAGAUCAACCAGCAUUGCCAGGCCCAGGCUCUGCAGGUGUGUCAGGGGGCCGCCACCGCACCGUCAAACUCCAGCCCCACCAAGCAGGGCACGACUGUCAUGGGGGUCUCCUCCAGCUCCUCAGGUGGAGGGUACGUGGUGGGAAUGGGCCCACAGGCCAACAUGGUCUACACGGGACCCGGGUUGCCGGCUCAAAGUGCAGAGGCGAUGAAGAGUGGCGCGUAUGCAGACGGUAUGGACUAUAUCCUUUGGCAGAAGCAGCAGCAGCAGCAGCAGCAGCAUCAGCAGCAGCAGCAGCAGGCUGUGCUCCGCAUGUACAGCGGAGGCAGCGGAGGGGGCGGCGCCAUCAGCAAGUCCCCUGAAACUUGUGUUCCAGGGGGAGGGAUGAUGGCCGCCCAAGUGUCCUCCUCGUCCUCGCGACCGUACCACCUGACGGCCAGCGCCAGCGGGGGCGCCGGGCUGGACAAGGUCAGCUCCUCCCCAUUGAACUGCGUUGGGAUGCACGGGAAUUUCUCAGUGGGUCAGUACUUCGCCCCGCCGUGGAACAGUGUGCUGGUGACACCCGACAGUGACUGCUACAACCCCCAGGAGCUUUUAGGAACCUCCGCAGGAGGGCCCGCCACGGGGCACAGGGAGAUGGGCUACCCUCACCACCAUCACCAUUACCACCACCACCACCACCACCCUGCCAUAGACAGCGGGGGAGGUUUGUGCUGCAGCCUGCCCAGCAAGAGCUUGUGCAAUACAUCUGUGCUGAGCAGCAGCUUGCAGUCUUUGGAGUACCUGAUCAACGACAUCCACCCACCCUGCAUCAAGGAGCAGAUGCUUGGCAAAGGCUACGAGACUGUGUCUGUGCCACGUCUGCUAGACCACCAGCAUGCACACAUCCGCCUCCCUGUUUACAGAUAGAGGGGGAAGAAGACGGGGGAAACAAAUGGAGAAUUGUGAAUUUGUUAAAAACCAGAUUUGGGUUUUUUUGAGGGGGGGGGGGGCUCACCGAGCUGUGGCUAGUGGCACCGUUUUAACUAGAAAAGAGCAGUUGUUGUGCUGUGUGACCUGAGGUUUGGUUGUUUCAAGGCUGAGUCCCCAAUACGAGCAGCGUCAUUGCCGGUGGGAGAGAAAAGGGAUUUCAAGAUUCUCCAGAUGUUCCAUUGUGUGGUUUUGCCAAUAGGAAUUUUGGAUUGAUUUUUUUUUUUCUUUCAUUUGUUGUUUUACUUGCCUGAACUUUUUUGAUGAGAAAUCAUAGCUUGACAUGAAGUGCAUACGCCACUUGUGUCCCCCUUCCAAAUACUACAAGGACGAAGCUACUGUGUAGGUUGUCACUGAAAUGGCCUUAAAGGGCCAAAAUUUAGGGCUGUCGCGAAAUUCAAUGCUCUGUAACAGCACACGCGUAAACAUACACCUACAUACACAACAAUGUGCUGAUACAAGAGAAAAAGAAGAUUAUAGGCAGUACUCGGGUUAGUACGAGGAUCAUAUGGUUGAAUUAAAAGGGUAGAAAAAUAUUAGGUAUUAUUGCUGUUAUAAUUGAUACGUACGUAAAUUGCACUGCUUGAAUCUUUCUUGUUAAUUUUGAAGUUUGGAAUUGGGUAGUUUGGAUAUGAUAUAUUUAAGAAACUUGGAAAAACUUGAACCUAUUUUUUGUUGUUUUAUAUAUUUGUAGGUAUAAUAUAUGCAUUGGCUGCUAUGGGGAAAAAGUGUCUCAAAUGCUUUUUUUUCAUUUAAUUUUAUUUUAUUUGUAACUUCAGUUUCAUUGAUUUAAUAAUUUCUCCUAAAGCUGAUGUGCAGUUUCUUAUGUCCUGGUGUGAGGCAUAGUCGCUGCUUUGGUUCUGUAAGAACCUAGUUGGAGAGCUCUUUUUACCUAACCAACACUGGAAUCUACAAUAAAUCUUGAAAUACUUAUUUAAAAAAAAUCUUGCAAAAAAAAUACAACAAAAAGAAAUGUUACAAUGAAGAAUGUGAUUGGGAGGUUACCUGCAUAACCUUACGUGUAUGUCAACGCGUGUAUGUGGCUGAGUGCAUGCGCGCGUGCAUUUUAGUUUGUGUUUUUCAAAAUCCUCAGACUUUUUUAUUGUAAUCAUACAAUUUCUACGAUGACGACAGGAAAAAAAAUCGAUUCACCACUACCAACGAAAGCAUAUCUGAAUAACAUGCAGGUCUGUUGUGAACCUUGUUUCAUUGGAGGCUUCGGACGUUCUCCUGAGCUGGAGAACAAGUUCUCACGCGGUUCUCUUACGACUGGUUGUGAUGCCGUAGCCCCUUCCUCUAUCAGGUGCGAUCACAGUGACAGACAGCAGUGGAAACAAACGUAUGAAGCCUGCUUUUCAGGGGCGGAUCGCCUCCGAUCCUCCGAAAAAAAACAAAAACCAACACAAAAUGAAAACAAUCAUGUCCUGGUGUCAACUCUCAGCUUCUCCUUGUCCGUUUUAGCCCCUGGUUGGGUUGCAUUCAGGCCCGACCAGUCCUAACUUGACGAUUCAGAGCAGUGAAAUAUUUAUUAUGACUGUGAGAUUCCCUUGAAUGUACUGCACCUAAAUUACUGCAAUGUUUUAUUGCCUUGUGGGACUCGAGUGAAAGAGAAAAAUUGGAUCAGUGCAGCAGUCCUCUGGUCUUAAAUUAGCAUUUCUUUUGUCAGUCAAAUUUCAAUGGUAAAUUGAAUUUAUUAAGUGGAGAGAGAGCUGGAGCUUUGUUGUGGGGGGGAACUGGCAUCAGUCUAGAUUUAUGAAGUGCAAUUAUUAUGACUGUAUUAACAUUUUUUCUCUGAGCUUACACCAAAAAAAUGUAAACUACAGUUGUCAAUACAUUCCCAAUGUACCACAUCCUUAAUCCCUAUCCUUUCGUUUUGUUUUGAGGUGUAAAAUAAAUUUCUUUAAGAAUAUAUUCAGAAGCCAGAACAUGGCUUUGAGGUCUGUCAUUAUUUUCUGUCAUACGUCACUUGAGGUUGGAGGGAAAUCGGACCCAGAUAGUCCAGAGUUAGGUUGGAUCGCUGCCACUGACAAACCUUUAUCCAAUUGGUCAUCCUUUAUAUUUUGUCCAUCUGAGGGAAAAGAGCGAACAGCUUUGUUGGAAAAAGAAAAUGUUGCUGUUAAAUGACAAGCGUGAAUAGACCUUUCAACUCCGAGCCUUAAAGUUUGCUCUCGCUGUGUUUCUAGACGCGCCACUGUCUUUGAAGGCUGACAAAUAUUCCAGUCUAAAGAAUACCAAGCCUCUUGGCUUAAAUUUGCACAGUAAGCCUCCUUAACAUUCCAGUGAAAAAUUUUCAUGUUGUUUCAACAGCUUAAUACCCCGGCCACAGUCUGAAUCCAGCAUAUUUUCUGUCUUGUAGAAAUAUUUUGACAGAUUUACAGAUACAUCCCAUCUCUAAAUCCCCUCCGUUUGGCUUUCGCAUCCGAGCAUUAAACCCUGUCACAUGAGGUUGAAGUGAAGAGGAGAUACUUGAGGCGGUGGAGUUUCUGGUGUCUGGCCUUUCCCACCAGUGGAGGUCGGAGGCACCAGGCCUCCCCGCUAAUGGGAAUAUUGGGUGACGCUUGGCCGCUGGACACUGCCAGCGCAGGGUAUUUAUUCAGUCAAAGUCUUGAAAUCAAACCCGUUUUCAAAUAGCAAGGGAUUUCAUAUUAGGUACUGAGAGGAAUUUGUCCCUUUGAGCCAAGUUCAACGGAGUAGAGCAGGAAAAGGACCUGGAUAUUUUUGAUCAACAAUGAGCUAUUUGAAAACUGUUUUAUUAAAUAUAAGGUGGUAUUUAAUACUUUCACCAUCCUGCCUGUGUGGCUGCAUUUCUACUGUACAGGCUCCAAACUGUCUGCCCCCUGCUCCUGUGCACACAUUAAUGAGCUCCUAUUGAUGGGAUGCAUCUCAGCCCUGCACCUCAGGUCCCCUCCACCAUUCCACCGAUUUGGACAAUGGACGCUUAGCCUAUAUUAGUAUAAUAGAAUUAAAUUUCAAAUAGAUUUGUGCCUGAGCUGAUCCACGCACAGCUCACUCAGCUGCAGAGGCAGAGUGGCAUAUGGCAUGUCAUUAUCUAAACCCCCCCCCCCCCCCUCCCCGUCCGGGGCCAGCAGGGUUCAGCAGUGCUUAAACAAACUGAAGGUUAGGACGGGCUGGCUGGCGUUGAAGGGGAGGACAGCGGGGUUUGUAGCGGGGGGGCGGGGCCUGCUAAAUCACAGCGUCUCCGAGGGCCUCAGCGCCGCACCAUGGCGCCUGGGCUCAGAGGCCUGCUUUAAAAGCUGGGCUGUGUUUGAUCGAGGGGAUUUGUUUUCUGUUGGAUUAUACAUGGUUGCUCCCUGCCCGGCUGAGGGGCCUCGCGCAAUGUGACAGAUCUCGGCGGAAAAAAAAAAAAUGGGAAAGAUACAAGAGAGGGAUUUCGGGGUCAGAGAAGCCUCGAAGCAUCAGUAAUCAGGAUAAUUGCCGUGUUCCUAGUGCUGGUUUGAGCCUCCCCUCUUUGGCUCCGUGGCCUCGUAUUUAAAUUCAGUCUCAAAAGAAAUUACCUUUCUCUGUGAAAAAACUUGUGGUGUCUGCGUUUACUAAAUCUAUGGUGGCUAAUACCUUCAUUUACAAACCAGUUCCUUUGGAACAAUAUUGAGAAUAAAUAGCGUUCCCAGCAAAAGCCCAGGACAUGAUAAAUUAGACCGUCCACAUCCCAUCUGAAAAGGACGCUUAGAUCUAUAACUUAUCUCUGGCUGGAGACUAUUGACUGUUAACACGUUUUCAAGGGCAAUGAGACACUCACAAGGAGGGCCAGAGGGCAAAGUGGAGGGGAAUUGACUAAUGCUGGUGGUAAAAAUCCCUUAGUAAAUCCCAGUAAGUCCAGGAAGACCUUUACCCAGUGCAAAGGUCCAGCGGCGUUAUUAUGCACCUUAAAUACUGCUGAGACGGAAGGAGAGCGGAUGAAGCUGUUCAAAGCAGCUCUUCCUCUCUGCGAGCGGGGACGGGAGGGGAGCGAUGCUUAGAAAAAAUGAAGGCAGCUGCUCUCUCUGUAGAGUCCUGGCUGUGCUUCUCUAACCUACAGAUGACAGGGGGGGUGUGGGGGGGUUAAUGGCCCCUCCACAGCGCUUUGGUCAACCUCGCUCGUGUCCCCUGGCUGCCCUUGGGCCCCCGGGGCUCUCGUCCCCGAGACCUUCCCGGCGUCUCCUCUCGACGUCGCAGGGAGGAUGAAGUCACGGCCGCUCGUCUCCAUUCGCCUCCCAGCGAGCAAGGAGAGACUUUAAUCAAUAAUUCAGGUGAUCCCGAGGCUUUUAUACUUGUCCCACCAGCCUUAUACCUGCGUCGCACAAUAUCACUGAAGGGUCUGCCUGAUGGACGCUUUGCCGCAUCUCUUUAGUGCUAAUGGACAAGGCCAGACGGGUCACGUGUGAGCACCGCUGGGCAGAAACGCUCUCAGAAUUAAAUGCAACUGAAGUAAAAGUCGACUCACAUCGCGAGAAAAACUCUUUUCCAAAGGCACAGACCCUGAACCGUUCCCCCGAAAGGCAAUGCAGCUGGUUGUGAUUCCAGCAGCUUACUGCAUUUUAUUUCUUCUGCAUCACAAGACAUGUAUGUUCAGCUGAAAAAGCUUAUGGCCUCCAAAUAUUCAUCAAGUUGCUGUAUCCAAUCUAAACACAAAAGUCUGGGGAUUUUGCUUUUCUUAAAUCCUGUUUUCUUUUACUGUUUGCGUGGCUCUCAGAAUGUUCCUGUGGACAAACAGGGCUGUUUUUUUUCCCGAAUGAUCUCAAAUGCACCAAUGCUGCCAAAGUCUAAGGGUGCCACAACCUUGAGAAAAUAAUAUAUAUGGAAAUGGGAAAUCUAUAAAGCAUCUCUCUUAUUGUUCUCCCUGCAGUGUUGUAUUUAUGUUUAAAAAUGAUUUUGUCUCCUCAGGAUGAAAAAAUGUAAAGAAUACCUUGCUUUUUGAAAUUGAUAAUAUAUGAGUCUUAGAUUUCGAAAUAAGAAGUCUGAAUAUUAAAAAAAAGCUGUAAAAUCCUUUAGCCGUGGGGUUUUCAACUUUUGAAUGUGCCUACAGCCAAGCAUCCCAGUGAUUGCUUACCUUCAACCCCCUUCUCCAGUUCUGCAAUCUUCCCCUAAUCUUCCCACAACCAUCAUCUUCAAUUUGCUGAAACUGCCACUGUCCCCUCUCCAUCCCCACCACCACACUAGAUAUUUUUGUCUGUUUCCUGCUGUUUGUCAAUCUCAGGACUGAAAUUUCUUUAUUUUAAUGUCGAUGGUUAGUUUUCAUUUGACCUCUCCUCUCUUAUGUAUUAUUGUUUGACAUAAGUAAAUAAAGCUGAUGACUUCUA